AGAAAGCCUUCACUUCAUAGGAUGCAACUUCUGUAGCAUGUGUAUUUUUGCUUGGCUCUUGCUGGUACCAUUGUUGUCUUAGUAGACCUUGAAGCAGAAGAACCACAGUUUAAUUUGUGCUGGUUUACUAUCGCACUUGCUAUUAAGCAUGUUACAGGUGUUGAUGACAAAAUACAGUCCUGUGUUUUAUUUGACAGCAGGUCUUUCACAGCUAGUCAUUAGGUCUGGAUGUUACGUUACUGAAUCCAAAUGUGUAUGGGUUCCCACUGUGUCUCAAUGACCAUUUGAUACUGGAUUUUCUUUUACAGGUCCUUAGAUUUACUGCCAAAUGUUUAGAUUGUAAGUUUGGAAAAUCAGCUAUGUCUUUCCUGAAAGUGCAAACCUUCUAAAUAAUAAAGAUAUGACUGUUACUGAUUUCCGUGGAUUUCUGUGCUCUGAUAUUUGAAGAACAGAAGCAUGCUUUCCACUGAGACUCACACUACCAUUUGUGAUACAGAAUGUCUCUAAGUGAGAAGAAUAGUGUGGUUUUUGCAUAUGAAUCUUCAGUACACAGUACCAAUGUACUUCUCAGUCUUGAUGAUCAGCGAAAGCAAGAUAUUCUUUGUGAUGUUACGAUUUUAGUGGAAGAUCAGCGAUUUCGGGCUCACAAAGCUGUGCUUGCAGCUUGCAGCAGUUACUUCCUUUCAAGAAUUGUGGGCCAAGUGGAUGCUGAUCUUAUCAUCACUUUGCCGGAAGAGGUAACACUUAAAGGAUUUAGUCCUUUGCUUCAGUUUGCAUACACAGCUAAACUUAUUUUAAAUAAAGACAAUGUGUCUGAAGUUUGCAAAUGUGCUGAAUUUUUGGGUGUGCGCAACAUUGAAGAGUCUUGCUUUCAGUUUCUCAAAUUCAAAUUUUUGGACUUCAAGUUGGAUCAGCAGGAUUAUCCUAGGAAGAAGUGUUGUACACAACGUUGUCAGAAAGCAAACCCCAAGAUUGGCAAUGUGGAUGAUGGAGACCUAGAAAUAGAUGAUGAAGCAGAAGAACUUUUAGAAAAAGAUUAUUUUCAAACUCCUGAUACAAAGUUCUGUAAAGAUGAUGAAAAUGCUAAAUCAUCACCGGCUCUCCAAGACCAUGCAAAUCAAGCGUGUGAUCCUGUGCAGUUAGAAAGGGGUAGUGUUUCCAGCUCAUCUUCCCAGUGCCCAAAGUAUAGGAAAUUCCAGAAAGCAUUUGGAAAUGACAAAGUUCAUGCUUCAGAGUCCAGUUCCAGUAUUAAAGACAUUCAGAUGCCGCCAAUUGCAACUUUACUUGAGAAGGAAAUAUCUGAUAGUGACGGUGUACAAAAAGCUCAGGAGUGUGUACCUAUGCAGCUGGUCUCAAAAUGUGAAGAGACUCAGGUAAAAAUGGAAGAAGGAGAGGAAGGCAUUGAGAAAAAGGAAGAGUCAGAGAGAGAUUCUGUGACUCAGAUUGUGUCAUGUCCAGUGGAGAAAAUGGAUCUUGCUGCUCUCGCCCAAAACUCUACUGCACCUCAUGGACUCAAUUCUGCAUCUUUUUUACAUACUUGUGAGCAAUAUGGUAACUUGAAUUUCAGUAGUAUGCAAAACACAGUCUUGGCUGAUAAAACUGUAUCAGGUACUACAGUUGGGAAUGACAAAAUUGAAAGUCAAGGUGACACACCUGCAAAGGUUGAUUUGUGCCCUAGGGAAGCCAGUAACAUUACAUCAGCUGGUGAUCGAAGCAGUGUGGAGAGAGAGGUAGCAGAACAUCUAGCAAAAGGAUUUUGGAGUGAUAUUUAUAGCACAGAAGCCUGUCAAAUACAUUUACCACCUGCAGCUCCACAAGAGAGCUUGGAGCCAGCAUAUUCAGGGAAAAAAACAGAGUGCCCAUGGCUGGGUAUCAGGAUCAGUGAAAGCCCUGAACCUUGCUCUCAACGAACUUUUACAACAUUAAAUUCUGUCAACUGCCCCUUUAUAAGCAACCUUAGUGCUGAAGGAUGCUCCAACAGCCCUGAAAUAAGCAGUGCAGAUUGUGUUCAGGGACAGCAACAAGAACAGUGUCCCUACAAUUACGUGAUAAGUUUGGGAGAGGAUUCUGAAACUGACACUGAGGGAGACAGUGAAUCCUGUUCAGCAAGAGAACAAGAAUGUGAGGUAAAACUGCCAUUUAAUGCCCAAAGGAUUAUCUCGCUUUCCAGGAAUGACUUUCAGUCAUUUCUGAAAAUGCAUAAAUUAACUCCUGAACAAUUGGACUGUAUUCAUGAUAUCCGAAGACGAAGUAAAAAUAGAAUUGCAGCACAGCGAUGUCGUAAAAGAAAACUUGACUGCAUACAAAAUCUUGAAUCUGAAAUUGAAAAACUGCAAAAUGAGAAGGAGAACUUGCUGAAGGAAAGAAACCUCAUUUUGUCAACUCUGGGUGAGACAAAGGAGAAUCUGACUGGACUUUGCCAGCAGGUGUGUAAGGAAGCGGCCUUGAGUCAUGAGCAAAUACAGAUACUUGCAAAAUACUCAUCCUCAGAUUGCCCACUUUCAUUUUUAUUCCCGGAGAGAGAACGAACAGCUCCAUCUGAUAGUGAGCUUGCAAUGCCAGCAUGUAUAGAAUUAGCAGACGGUCUUUCAGGUGUUACACCUACAAAUGAGCAGAGUUCUUGUUAUCAGAUUGUGAAAAGUGUGUGUGAUACAACAUACGAUCAAGUACGAGAACUUCAUCCAGUUUCUGUGAGAACAGUUGAGAAAGCCACACUUGUGGAACAGUGUGGACAGAGUGGAGGUAUCACAGACUUCUGUCAGCAAAUGACUGACAAAUGCACUACAGAUGAGUGAAUAUAUUCUCUUCUUACUGCCAGCAUCUCAACAUCGCAACUAAAAAUGAGAUUGAGCAUUAUUGCAAAGUAACUUACUAAGUGAAAGAAAAGAUGAAACUUUAUAUUUUGAAAAUACAUUGACGCUUACAUGGUCAUUAUAUUACUUGGCAAGCUUUGGGUUUGGUCUCUAAUUUAGAGUGUAAUUUGUAUGUGUCAGCCUUGGAGCUUUUUCUGUGUAGUGAUGCCAAGGAGAGUUCAGGAAAGCCAUUGGUAAGUAUAAACUGCUCAUAGAUGUUUUAUUUGUGAGAAAGUUUUCAUUCAGGUAUAGAGCAGCCUUCACUCUGAUUUAUGUCACAGUACCUAAUGCCACUUUGCAUCUCAAGAAAAGCCUCCUGUUCAUGCACAAUGACUUCUAUGCCUGGAAUUUUUAUCUCUAAGGAUUUAUUUAUUUUUUUCCCCUGGUAGGCAAACCUUACAAAGCAUACAUAGCUCUGUAAAUGUUUAUUUUGUAGAUGAGUUAGGAUAACAUGACAGUAUGAGGAGAUUCUGGCAAGUGUGCUCUGGAACAGCUCAUUGCUUCCUGCUGUUCGCAUCCCAGUACCAGAGCCAGCUUUUAUUGAAUAUAUACUUUUGUCUGAGCUCUCAGGUACGUAGUUAAGACAACUGGAACAGCGGAGAUGCUGCAGCAUACUGCUCUCUCCUCUAAACAAUGUGGGAGGAAUAACAACAUACUGGGAAAGGCAGAAGUUUUCAACUGAUGCAAUUCUUUGAUUAGUGUGCAUCUGAAUCCCAUAUGCUUGUUCAAAUUCUUUGCUGUAUUGUGACUUACUGUCCUAGAACUUUGAAGCUCGCUGCUGUUUGUGAUAAGUUGGAAUCAAAGUAUUGUGAAAGUUUAAGGACAGAUUAUAUACACAUAUGUAUAUAUAUAUCAAGGUAUUCAGGCACCAAAUUCUUCUAUUUCAGUGCCUAAUUGCCUCAAGUAAGUUACAAAUGUAUUUCUUCUGGGACCAGUAAGAUAUAUUUCAGAAUUUUAGUCUUCAGGAUACUACAAGUUCAGCCAUAAAAGUAUGUUUUCAGUGGCUUGUGCUAUGAGUAUAAACAUAUAGGAAAGAAGAAUAAGAAAAUGAGCUGAAGAGAUUUCCUUUAUUACUUUGCAAAGGAGAAAUUCUGCCACAAAAAAGUAAUCCCCAUUUUUUAGAUUUUUACAUGGCAGUCGAUGCGUAUUGUAUACCGAUGAUGCUUUGUUAUGUAGAUGUUAUUCUCACAUCAGAAAUAAGUGUUAACCUCGCCACAGAAAACUUUGGUUUUGCUGGUUUACAAAACAUGAAGAAUCUUGUACAAGCCAGUGGAAUUCUUUAUUUCCUACCUCAGAAUGUAUAUUAGCUUUUUGUCUUUGUGUGCAUGUACAGUAGGCAGCAACUGAGCAAAGGACUGUUGUAAAUACUGCUUUGCAGCUUUAUCUUGCAGUGAGACAAAACUUGUUCUUGGCAAGUUCUUCUUCUUCCUCCCUCCCCAUAGGUAAUAUAGCAUUAAUAAUUAUAUUGAGACUAUUAAGCCACUUAAAGCAAAAAUUAAAGAUUUGACAAAUUUCAGCAGUACGUCUCAUAACCAGCACGUAAUAUAAGUGACUACACUACCUCACCUAUGGGUUUGAAAGUUGAUUCAAAUCUCUAGUGAUAUCCUGGGAUUUUCAUAAUAUAUCAUUACUUUUUUAAGGGUAAAUUUUAUGUUAAUGGAGCAUAGCUUGUAUGAAUCACAGUGCUUGCAGCAGCUGAAAUUCAGAAAUACUGAAUGGCAGACAUCAUGAGACUUCUACUGCUUUGGAUAUAUUUUCAGAUAAUUGAAUUAAAAUUCUUUUAAAUGACUGUCACUGAUAUACGUUGAUUCUCUAUAUGUAUUACUCAUGAAAUGCUCUGGAUUUUUUUCUCCAGCGUCUGUAUGUCUGGUUAAUUUAAUCCUGCCUCCCUCUGUGCUGCCACCCUGGAGAGGGUUUUGUUCCUAAGUCUCUAUUUUAUUUAAAAAGCAAACAAUAAGAAACAAUUAAAAAAAAAAAAGGCCCCAAACUUCUCUACUGUCUAUACAUAAUAUCACUUCUAAAGCUGGUGAUAGUCGGAAAUGACGUGGAUGAUGACAUUAAAGCAUUGUCCUAAUAGUAUGCAUACUCUGAAAUGGAAUUACUUGGGUUAAAUGUUUGUUAUGAAGGGGUGGAGCAUACAUGUAGAGUAUGACUGGCUGGGAACUGAAAUGUAUCCAGUGGCCCAAGCCCUUGCCACACUUGGCUAUGGAUGUUGGAAAACAAAGUCAGUGAUUACUGAAUUCAGAGGCCAGAAUAUCCAGUUGUGCUCCACUGCUCCAGUCUGGUGAUCAGCCAGGGUCUGAAUUCCACCCCGCAAACAGUGCAGGACUUCCAGUGCAGAAAUCAUGGCUGUCAUUGACAUGUGAUAAAAUUAAUGUCAUGUUUUUAAACCUAUGAAGAACCUGAUGAAGUUUGAGGGUAGGUUUUUGCCUAACCAGCUGCAUCUAAAUAAUUUUAAACAUAUUUAUUUAAUAGAGUAGACCUACAAGUUGCAUGUUGACGUCUAUCGCCUAUACCAUCAACUUGCAAAAGUUAAGAAUGAAUGAUGAUUUUAUGAUACAGAAUUCUCAGGUAAAUGUUUUAGAGGUUUUUUUUUUCUUUCAGUAAAGAAAUAUUCGAUAUUGAAACUGUAAAAUACUUUGUUAAAGCAUGUUUUAAGUACUUUGGACAGACUAUCUUAAAGCCAUAAGAGUAUGAUGGCAUACAGAUUGUAAAAUAAACAGAUAAUUACAACA